ACCUUCUCUUCACAGACAACUUGGAUCGAAAUCUGUCAAGACUGAACAGCUGCGUCGUUCUUGAAGAGAUUUCGUCCUCAGAGUUCAUCAUUCGUGUGGCUUUUGUCCUGUAAUAAUCGCAAUUUGUCAACGAUGGCCGUGCGUAUCAUGACAAUCUUUAUCCUUCUAAUCUCAGUGCUUUUCCCAUUGCUGAUAUGUGCGCCUUUAGAGACUCAAGAAAAUGAUGUGGAAGACUCAGAUCUUUACAGAACUGCGAACGAGCUGAUCAUGGACAGAGGUUACCCUGUGGAAAAUCAUUUUGUUACAACUCAAGAUGGUUUCAUUCUAAACAUGCAACGGAUUCCGCAUGGAUGGAAUAAGACUCAGAGUCCAUCUCCCAAACCAGUUGUCUUUCUUCAACAUGGACUGACAAUGGAUAGCACCAACUGGAUACUAAACGGACGCUCAGAGAGUCUGGCCUACAUCCUUGCAGACAGGGGCUUUGACGUAUGGCUUGGAAACAUCCGGGGUAACAGAUAUUCACAGAAGCAUAUAAAACUAGAUCCGAGUGACGAGGAAUUCUGGGACUGGAGCUGGCAAGAGAUGGCUAAAUACGACCUUCCUGCCAUGAUAAACCGUGCGCUAAAUGUGAGUGGGCAGGCUCAGCUGUUUUAUGUGGGUCAUUCCCAAGGAACUCUGAUUGGCUUCACAGGCUUCUCGAGUAAUCCCCAGUUGGCGAGUAAAGUGAAGAUGUUCUUUGCCCUGGCUCCAGUCUAUACUGUUGGUUACGUCUCUGAGAUUAUUCGCACAGCUGCUUACGCCUUGUAUCCAGUUCUGCAUGUAUACCAGAGCUAUCACAGUGAGAAGAUGUUGACGAAUAACCUGGUCCAUAUGUUGACCGAGAAGUCGGUGUGCGGCGGAGAAUUUUCAGAAAAGAUUUGUUAUGACGUGGGAGAAGAGCUGUUUGGAUUUGACAGUGCCAACAUAAACAUGUCCAGAGUGCCUGUUAUUUUGUCUCAUUGGGGAUCAGGAACGUCUUUUAAGAACUUCAUUCACUUUGGUCAGAUGGUGUUGUCAAAGAAAUGUGCCAAGUAUGAUUAUGGAUUCUUCUCCAAUUAUAGAACUUACGGCCAGGUAUUUAUCACCACUGUUUCAGUNGAAGACAUGAAGACUCCAACCGCUCUCUUCUCGGGUUCAAAUGACAAACUUGCCAGCCCGACAGAUGUACGACUUCUAAAAGACCGGAUAACUAACUUGAAAUACUUCAAAGAGAUUCAAGGCUGGAAUCAUGCUGACUUUUUAUUUGGAAAUAAUGCACCUGAGCUUCUUUACUCGAAGCUUAUUAAUAUGAUGGAAACUGACUUGACCCUGGGAACCGAGUUAGCUGAGUUUGAACUAUUUGAUGAAAAUUGAGCUGGUUGAACUGAAAUUUAGUUCAGAAUUGAUGACUCUAUUUUUUCUUUGCGCAACAAAUAGAAUUUUUAAGGGGUAUACUUGCUAUGGGUGCUUUGAAAAUUGAUCUUGUAUUUAUUAAAUAUUCAGCUUUUUUUUCCUUUGAGUUUUUAUCAAAUGGUGUCUACGUUUGAAAUCUGAAGCUCGCAUCAUCUUUGA